AUGAUGAAGAGCCUGGUGGGGAUCAUGUGGAUUGUGUUGGUGCUCAUAUCAGGAUGCUCGGGAAAUCCAGAUGCGAAGCGACUGUACGACGACCUCCUGUCCAACUACAACAAGCUGGUUCGUCCAGUGGUCAACGUCACAGAAGCCCUCACCGUUAAGAUCAAGCUCAAACUGUCGCAGUUGAUCGAUGUAAAUCUGAAGAAUCAAAUCAUGACGACGAACCUGUGGGUCGAACAGUCAUGGUACGAUUACAAGUUAAAAUGGGAUCCAAAGGAAUAUGGUGGGGUGGAGAUGCUGCACGUGCCAUCCGAUCAUAUAUGGAGGCCCGAUAUAGUUUUGUACAACAAUGCCGACGGUAAUUUCGAGGUGACGCUGGCAACGAAGGCGACGCUGAAUUACACAGGGAGGGUCGAGUGGAAGCCACCGGCGAUAUACAAGUCUUCCUGCGAGAUCGACGUAGAAUAUUUUCCGUUCGACGAGCAGACGUGCGUCAUGAAGUUCGGCUCGUGGACUUACGAUGGCAUCCAGGUCGAUCUUCGACACAUCGACGAGAUCCGUGGCAGCAACGUCGUUGACAUCGGCGUCGAUCUGUCGGAGUUCUACACUUCCGUCGAGUGGGACAUCCUCGAAGUCCCAGCCGUGAGGAAUGAAAAGUUUUACACGUGCUGCGAGGAGCCUUACCUCGACAUCACGUUCAACAUCACCAUGAGACGGAAGACCUUGUUUUACACCGUCAACCUUAUUAUACCGUGCAUGGGCAUCUCGUUUCUCACGGUGUUGGUCUUCUACCUGCCAAGCGACAGUGGCGAGAAGGUCAGCCUAUCAAUUUCGAUUUUACUGUCGCUGACUGUGUUCUUCCUCCUGCUGGCCGAGAUUAUCCCGCCCACGUCGCUCGUGGUACCGCUUCUCGGUAAAUUCGUCCUUUUCACCAUGAUCCUAGACACCUUCAGUAUAUGCGUAACCGUGGUAGUCCUCAAUGUUCACUUCCGGUCACCACAGACGCACGUGAUGGCACCGUGGGUCCGUCGUGUUUUUAUCCAUGUUCUGCCAAGACUACUGGUGAUGCGCAGGUAUAAUACGCCGCAAUACCAGAUAGACAAACGUAGCAUGGGUGGCCAUCACGGGCAGCGAGUGAUGGUCAGAACGUGCAACGGUCUCGAAUUACGGGAUCCAUCUCUGUUCGUGGAGACCUCGGCCUCGGAGCUGGUUGAAUCCUCCGUUCUAUUCCCGAGUCUCGAUUCGCGGGACGAAUUACACCCUCGGGAAUUGGAACCGGUGAAUUUAGGAAGCGCGUGUCGCAUUCAUGGCUCACCAGCGACCACGGCUGCUCCUCCACCGCAACUGCCGACAGAGGAGAGCGUGGACGCUCUCUGUAACACGCUUCAUCAUUGGCAUCACUGCCCAGAACUGUACAAGGCCAUCGAAGGCAUUCGUUUCAUUGCCGAUCAUACGAAGAGGGAAGAGGACUCCACCAGAGUUAAGGAAGAUUGGAAGUACGUCGCGAUGGUGCUCGACAGGCUAUUCCUGUGGAUUUUUACGUUAGCCGUGGUAGUCGGCUCGGCGGGGAUCAUCCUGCAGGCGCCAACGUUGUACGACGAUCGUAUCCCCAUCGAUGUGCGACUGUCCGAGAUCGCCUCCACCACUGCCAAGCCACACAUCGUCACGAGCCUCUGA